AUGUCGAACUUACUCCGCAGAGCGUCCGACGCGUUACACCAUCGCCAGCGUCAAGACUCAAGCGACUCAACCGACGCACCCAAGUCCCCCGACGCAGCAAAGCCUCCCAAGGAAGAGCCACUCAAUCAAAAGUCCCAGUCUGCUCCGACUGACUCUCACGACAAGGAUACUUUUGCUGGUACAGCAACUGAUGAUGCUGCCCAACCGAAGCAACGUCGCCAUUGGGACUGGGUACCCCACCGAGGAAACAAACCCGAGACAAAGGAGCAACCUAGCCAGGAGCAAAGAGAUAAUACCAACUAG